UCUCACACACACACACACACACACAGAGAGGAGAGGUGCUUCAGUUGACAUCAACACUUACAGUCCUGGGAAGAGAGCAUUUCUGCGAGGAUGUAUCGCCGUGGACUAUUUUUGAUCAUUUUUAUCACAUGCCAGAUGCUCGGAUCUCAGAGCCAGGAGUGUGUGAGCAGGCAGACGGUCCAGAGCACUCUGCAACAUGUCCAUAAGUUGCUCUCAGCGCACGAGACCUCCUUCUUACAGAGUGCACGCAGUCUGCGCAAGAAAAUCAACCUGCUGCUCAACAACACAGUCACGCACAGCAGCAACAUCAGCACAGGCAAGAACAGCAUACCAAUGUGCCUGCCUCCAAACCCACCAGCCAAUGGCAGAAUACUGGGUCAAGUGUUCAGAGUGGGCCAUGAGGUUCACUUCCUCUGCAACCCUGGUUUCCAGCUGUCAGGGCCAGAGACUAGGGAGUGUCUGGAUUCCCUCAGCUGGAGUGGAGAAGAGCCAACCUGCAAGAUGAUGGAUGCUGAAACACACCAUGUCCCAACUUCCUCCAUGCCCACAUCUACUUCAGCGACUUCUCCACCUUCAGUCCCAGCCUAUGUGCGUCCAUCCCGCUGUAUUGAGUUCCAAGGCUCCAUGCAAUGCACAUGCGAGCAAGGCUACAGCAUCUCCAGCAAGGAGAGAGGCUUGUGCACAGAUGUCGAUGAAUGUGAGCUCUUCCGUAUGACCCAACCUGGCCGUCUAUGCAUGUACAAGUGUAUUAACACAGCUGGGAGCUAUUACUGCCAAUGUCCCACUGGGUACAGCGUCAGCAAAGACAACAGGAGCUGCCAAGAUAUUGAUGAGUGUGAGAGUGGAGCUCACAACUGUACCAAAGAGCAGGUGUGUGUGAACACUUUCGGAGGUCAUAGAUGCAUGGUCGUCGAAUGCCCUCGCUUUCGCAACGCUUCCUACAUCAAGACCUCGCCUCUGCAAUGUGAGCGUAACCCCUGUGUCAAGAGGAAUAAAGCUUGUCUCCACGCUCCCCUCUCCAUCAACUUUCACUUUAUGGCAGUGGUGUCGAACAUGAGCACUCCUCGCGUCCUUUUCCGGGUUUCAGCGGCCCGCGUUCGGGGAGACGCCCUGCGCUUUGGACUGCUGGGAAAUCGUGGGGCAGGACAUUUCACCCUUCAGCGUUCGAACAGGCAGAGUGGGGAGCUGCUGCUGGUGGAGUCGGUGCAAGGCCCUGCCACACUCGAGGCUGAGGUGGAGAUGAGCGAGCUGGAGAGGAGAACGCUGCUGGGACGAUACAUUACGAAGGUUACACUCUUCGUGUCUCCAUACAGCUUCUAAAAACACAGCGCGAGGAGGAAACAGACUGGAGAAUAAAGUGACUUUGCUACCAGAGACAACUGUUCCAGUUGCCUUACAAACCCAGGAGCGACAAUCAAGUACAAGAGAUUUCCAGCUCAGCAAAUCAAAAACCUUUAUUACGAAGUUAUUAAGCAUCACUCUUAAUUUUGUUUUUACAGCCUUUUAUGUAUUUAAAAUGACAGUCUAGUUUUAUUUCAUAACCUAGUGUGUAUUUUAUCUAUCUUUAAAACGUAUACAUUUCAUUAUAUCUUUUUUUUUUUUUUAAACGGCGAUUUUAAAAACAACGACUUAUCUUUCUGCUUAAAUAUUCAUAGUGAAGCACAACGGCAUCUUCCAAGAUUUUUAAGUCCUUACCAACAUGACUGAAACGGUCACUGGCGCCAAAGCAAACAUCCUUCUCAUGAUUCUGGGCUACUACAAAUCAAUCACAGGCACUCUUCAGAAGGAGAAGGACUGUCUUCAGUGACUGACUGAAAAGCAUUCCCACGAAGAAUUCAUCACCCUAAUGACAGAAUACCACGGCAGGACCUCACCAACCUCUCGUCAAUGCGCAUCAUUUAACUGUGUCGAGCUAGAAAAAGUAUUCAAACACAAAAGUCACCUUUCUUACACACACACAGUAUCGAGAGAAAGGCAACAAGAUAACCCUACUAUUAUAUAUUCAGGGGGAAAAAAAAAAAAAAAAGGCUUAUAGAUACGAAAACAACAAAUGAUCGUCAUAUUUAGCCUUCCACAAGAGAGAGAAUAAAACGAGGGUGCAGUUUAGCUUUGUGUUACAAACUCUCUAGCUAAUGUACUGAGAUCUAUGGAGAAUUUUCAGGAAUGGUUUAAAAUUGAGUCCAAAAUACAAACCAGCAAAUUGAUUUUAUUAACAAUUUUCCAAAUCACUUUGUACAUAACAAAAACAACCAAUAAAAGACAAAAA